CCCACUAGCUGGUGGUACCACCCUGGCUCCAAUGGCCCACACAAAGGUUUGUGGUGCUGAGUGAGAGGCCAGGCUUGGGCUUCUCACCAUGGGCAGCGUAGGCAGCGGGGUGGCUGGUGAGCAGGAGUUUGCCAUGAAAAGCGUGGGCACACGAACCACCCUCCCCCGCGGCCCGCCGCUGUCACGCCGAGGCCCCUCAGAGCGCAGCUUCAGCGCUGAACGUCUGCCCCCACCGCCCUCUGCCUCUGAGGGCACAGGCUCCAGCGAUGAGAGAGGGGGCAGCAGCAUUGCCACGGACCGUCCCCAGCUCACUGGCUGCGAGUCCACCACCACGUCCUCCAACCUGGAGAGGGUGCCCUCUGUCGGCGAGCGGCUGGAGGCCAGCGGGGGAGCAGGCCGCAGGGAAGUUCCCAGGGCUGCGGGGGGUAUGGGCAUGGACACCUGUGGGAAUGUGGUGGGGCACACUGGAGAGAAGAACAGUGACGGCAUGGCCCCCAUGAAGAUGAGAGAGGGGAAUGCUGCAAAGACCGAUGGCCGCACGCCACCCAAGAUUCUGCCCAUGUCUGGGAAACUUGAACAGAACAAUUCUGGAUUGGUGCGGCCGUCUGCCUUCAAACCCGUAGUGCCAAAGAGCUUCCACUCCAUGCAGAACCUGGUUGGACAUGCUGGAGGUGGAGGUGGGGCUGGGGGCCGGUCUGCUGGAAGUGCUGGAGCCUCAGACGCCCCCCAGUCGCUUACAGAGCAGGAGAGUCCAGAAAGGGAGCGGGCAGGAGGGAACGGAGGGCAAAGUGGGAUGUCCGACUCAGGGAGGAACUCACUCACCUCCCUGCCCACCUAUACAGGCCCUGGCUCAGCUUAUGGUCCUCCCCCAGCCCUGGCUCCCCUUAGUGCCUCCACCAGCCAUAUUAACAGACUGGGCACCGCAGCUGCCCCACUGGACAAACUGGACAAGCCCAAUUACCAGAACGGUCUGACUGCUUCUGACAGUGGCCGCUCGUCCUCUGGGAAGAGUUCUUUGUCCUAUCAGAGACUCUGUCACCUGGGAGACACACCUGCUGCCGUUCGCCCCUCCCCUUCCUCAGAUGACAUAAUACAGGACUUGGAGGAUCGACUGUGGGAGAAAGAGCAAGAGGUCCUCCACAUGCGCCGUAACCUGGACCAGAGUGAGGCGGCCAUCGUGCAGGUGUUUGAGGAGAAGCAGCGGGUGUGGGAGCGCGAGAUGGAGGAGCUGAGGCAGAACUACGCUGGGCGACUGCAGCAGGUGACUCGGAGGGCGCAGCGCUCCCAGCAAGCCCUGCAGGCCCAGAUCACCCGGCUGCAGCAGGACAAGAGCCGACUCCAGGAGGAAAUCAGUGCCCUGCUGGCCCAAAGAGAGGAGCUGGAGAGAAAGUGCCUGGACUACCGCAAGGAGCAGGCUGACAUCCUGCCCCGACUGGAAGAAACUAAGUGGGAGGUUUGUCAGAAGGUGGGAGAGAUCUCGCUGCUAAAGCAGCAGCUAAGGGACAGUCAGAACGAGGUGACCCAGCGAGCAGGGGAGAUGGUGGCCCUGAGGGGCCAACUCAAAGAGCUCAACGCCCAACUGAAGGAGAGGGAGGAGGCCAUGCUCGGCCUAAAGGACUCCUACAACAACAAGAGCCGUGAGCUGGAGAGGUGUGAGGGAGAGCUUAAAAAGACACUGGCAGAGGUGUCAAUACUUCGAGACAAGCUGGUGGUGUUUGAGGCCGAGGUCCUGGGACUGAAGCGAGCUCUGGGUGAACUGAGCUACACCAGUGACCACUCUGUGGCCAGUAUUGGCAGCAGCCUCAGCGGCAGCAGUAGCCUGCCCUGGGGUGGCCUGCACUCGCCCCGCACCCCCGAGGGCCUGACAUCACUUUCCCCCCUUAGCCCUGUAGUGGACACCCUUUUGAGCCUGCAGAGCGACGAAGCCAAGGCACAGCGACAGGAGGCUGGCGAGCUGCGGCAGCAGCUAGAAAGGCUGCAGAACGAGCUGCGGCUGGAGCGGCAGCAGCGCGAGCGCCAGGCUCUCACCUUCGCCCAGGAGCGACACACCUGGCAGGACGAGAAGGAGCGCGUGCUGAAAUACCAGGCGCAGCUGCAGCUCAGCUAUGUGGAGACGCUGCAAAGGAACCAGGCUUUGGAGGAGCGCGUGGGCCAGCUUGGGUCCAAACUCACCAUCACUCCCAAUUCUCCACCUCCGGCCAGCCUGCCCAUCUCUGUCCCCGUCACCGUUACCCUCACUCCGGCCGCGGACGACUCCAAGUCACCCUCUCUCAACCAGCUGACUCCACCAUGGCCUGGGCCCACUCGCCUGGAGAGAAUCGAGUCCACUGAGAUUUAGCAUCGCCGCUGCAUAUCAACUUGAUACAAAGACAAUCGACUUUCGUUCAACAUACAUUGCUGAAAACGGUUUGUUAAAAUGAGUAUCACUGAGGGGCCCUGAGAACUGAGAAGACUUGUUUAGGGAACAAAAGAACAUGCAGUUAUAAAUCAAUGUGCUGGAAAGAUGAAGGACUCACUCAAACAGAGUCAAAGUCUUAUGUCCUACAUACACACAUGCACACACAUACACUGACAUCCUCUAACUAUCUAACUCAAGGGAUUGAGGUCAUCGAUGAAACAGAAGGAAAAAAAGAGUGAGCCUUUGAAAAAUAGCCAGUGAAGGUCUUUGUAUAGGAUUCUACAGUACUGUGCAAAAGACAGAGACUACCCUUCAAAAACGAAGUACAAGUUAUUAAAAACUAGAAAACAGAAACGUACAAGAAGGUUC